AUGCUAUUGAGUGCUUUACAUUGUUUUAUCCCACAACUGACUGUAUUAUUUUUAUUCAUUGCUGGAACAGAUCAAAAUGCUGUGGAUGGUGAUGCUACUGUAAGGAAGACUGAUGAAGCAUUCUUUCCUCACAUUUUCAAAUUCUUAUACAAGAAUGAACAAUUAUGUGGUGAUGUAUUUGCUGAACCACAAUGGCUUCCGGCACAAAGUGACUGCCAAAUUCUAUGUCCAGUUUGUUUUCUAUUCUUUAUGGUCCCAGCGGAUUGUACCAGUGAAUUGCAACGAUUAUUGGUUACUUCUGCAUUAACUAAUACAACACCUGCUGCAACUAUUAACAUUAUCCCUACAAACGUUACUACUAUCUCUUAUACAAUCAUAGAUAAUUUCACCAGCAAUGCUGUCAAAUAUCAUAAAGGUAAGAAUGAAGUAUGGAAUGAAUUGCAUAGAAGAAUUCAUGCAAAUUAUGAAAAUAGUGGCACAACCAAUACGACACUUCAACCGGCAUCUGAAUUAUCAUGGAAUGGACAUGGUGGAAAACGAAAAGAAACUCAAUUUAAAGGAAAAUUUCACGAAAAUUCAGCAUAG